AGUGAACCAGAUUGUGUACAUCGCAUCGUCGAACCAACCGCGCGGAUGAGGAUUUUCUGUGUAGUGAAACAGUGACUGACAGCAGCCAUACAGAGGCAGACCAGUGUAGAAAAAGCAGCAAUUCCGUUCCCCAAAGAGUAAGUUCUCUGCGAUUCUAGUUUAGUGCAAUUAUGUAAGCAUAAUUUGUGGUGCAAAGUGUAGUUUAAAGUGCAGUGCGCAUAAUUUGACCAGAAAGUGCAUCGUCGGAACGGAAGACGAGCUGAAAAAUACGAAAAAAUAUCCCAUCAUCCCUGCUACGCCAUGACAUUUUCUUUCGAUUGUGGCUCCUCCUUGUUUGUGGUGUCGUCGUCGUCGUCAUCGUCGCUUCAGUAGUGAGUGGAGCGCAGUGUACCCAAUAAUACGCAAAAAAAUCCCCAUUCAUACAAUCUGAUGGUCUCGUGCGUGUCAUGUUGUGAUUUUGGCGAUUUAAAUCUCGGUCGGGGAAAACUUCCGCAAAUAACGUUAUCACCUAGAUCGAACAGUAUGUGUUUAGGCCACACUCUUGAGUGAGAGAAAGGAGGUCCACAAAAAAAAACCGAUACCAUUUAGCGCGGGAUUCGUCAUUGAAACUCGGUGGAAUGUCAUUGAACUUCCUGAUUAGCUGUGCAGGAACUGAAUCGUCAUAAUCCUCACUCGUACCCCGUGCUUAGCGCACAGUCGGACAGAGCAACACCAUCGUCAAUCGAUCGCGCGGUGGUCGAGAUCGCAGUGGAUUUUCAUUGAGCAGGUUGCAGGUUGUUUGAUGAACAUAUACCUAGUUGCUGAUGCGAAGGUAUCUGCGUGCGAGCGGUGCGGAGCACUACAGUCAAAUCAGUGAAUAAACGUAAACGUCGAAAGAAAUAGGAAUAAGCCAACGCAGUUUAUAGUAGAGUAGCAUUGGUGAUUGCCGCAGAUUGUACCAAACUAGCUUGGCGCCAACGAGACCAGUUCUGUGCAAAGAUGGCGACCGACGCGGACGACCAGGACUUCGACGAAACGUUGAAAAGUUUUCAACUGCUGACGGGUCUAUCCGCGGCACCGGCCGUAACCGUACCAUCCGGUGGCAACCCGUUCCAACUGGGACCAACCCCACUGGAGGCCUUCCGCAGCAGCGAAACGGUCGUGAAGCAAAUUUUCGGAACGCAUUGCGAGUGCGGUGCCGAAAGGAUGCUGCAGCCAGUCUGCAGUUCCACAGCUACCGCAGGAAAACCCAACACAACUCACAGCAAGCACACAACCACUAGUCUAGAGCACGGUAUUAUCAAUCCAACUCCGUUCAAACACAAGGCCAAGGGCGAGAAGAAGACGAUCGUUCGUGAGUCGAUGCUCAAGAACAUCGGAAAAUGCGUCCACCAAACUCUGGCCAAACAACAAAGCAGCAGUAUUCCCAAACAGCCCGGCAGGCAGCGACAAUGUUCCGGCACGUUACUCCCAGUGGCAACGACUGCGGCCCAGCUGAAGCCAUCGCUCUCGGAGAACAAUUUGACCAAAUGUUUCAGUAACGAAGACAGCGAUGAAAUGCUGGACUUCAGGUUACUCGUGGCCCAGUGCAGUGAGCUGACACUGUCUACCAGCAAGCCGCCGGACGGUGGUCCGAAUUUCUCGCAAAGCAGCUUCAAAUCCCUACGCCAUUCGCACCUGCCCAGUUUCCAGUUGAGUCGCCGUUCCACGGGAAGCAAUGCCUCCUACUCGCGCCGAAGUAGACGGGCCCGGCAGCUCAAGCGCAGCAACAGUACCUCGUCGCUCGAAUCGGACAGCAGCAGCAGCAACAGCGGCGUUCCGUUCGGAAUUGGACCCCCGCUGGUGGCACCCCUGGUGGGAUCGUCCGCCGCCAGCAGCAGCAGUAGCUCAGCCCAAUCACAGCAGCAACAAUCUCCCAGUGCUUCGUCGCCGUCGUCUUCCUGUUCGACGCAGGCCCGGCUCAACAACGUCAUGCCCUGCGACAUCACCAUCGACGAGAUGGCCAGCUACUUCGAAACGCUGGUGCACAUCCCGAAGAAGAUGUCCAGUAUGGCCGAGAUGAUGUACAUCUAAGGGCGCUAGGGAUCCUAGUUGGUCCUAGUACACACACACAAACACGUGUUAAACAGGGUGAGAUUUGGAAAGCGCUCUUCACUUGUUGCGAAGGAAUGCGAUCCGUCGGGCUGUGCUCAUACAUACAUAUUAGGUGUAUAACAUACGUAUAAUUAGAUUCGGUUAGGAUCUUAGUCACAUACAUACCACUGCUACAUAUAUUUUUCUAUAGGUACCACGUAAGGGCAGAUCUUGCGCAACCAAAAAGCGGAUUGCAUUCGAAUGUUUUAGGAUGUUAUAGCCUUUGGAGGAGAGUUAGUGCAUACUUUUAUGAUCGUAACACAUGUGUACGUUGAUACUAAAUUCACUAAUGAAGUUUAUCGCAAAGGAUUGUGUUUCCAUUAUCGAUUAUAUUUAGAGCGGGCUUCGGGAUCAGAACCUACAGGAUUAUACGAACGCUUCUAAUGUACUCCUAGUUACUAAUAAUGUGCUCUAAGCUUUGUGUAGUAAUCCCUCUCUUCAAUGGAAAUCUAUGUAAAUUCAGGAUGUUUUGGGUGUUCAAAAGUAAGUCCCCCACCAUCGGAAGCGCAAUAGGACAUGAAUGUACUUUCGUUGGGCCUCAGCAUGAGGAGCAAACUCUCUCCACUACUAGCAAAUCUGUUUUUGAGUGACUUCGAAGUUGGAUUGGAUAAAGAUAGCUGUUUCUCUCGAGUCUGGAGACGCUAUGUUGAGGAUGUCUUCGUAAUAGUCUAAGAGCGGUAUUUAUCCCAGAUGCUAGAACUAUUGAAUUCGCGAUAUAGAACUUUAAAGUUUACGGAAGAACCAGAAGCGGAGAAUAUAAACUACCCUCUCUUGACUUGAUGAUAUCGAGGAGGGAAGAUAUAAAUUGAAGUUUGUAAUACCUUCACGGAUCGGUAUAUAACAUCAAACUCCAAUCACUUCGGUAACCAGCAAAAAGUACUCGACGGCCCAUCGUCUCUACAGCAUAUCCACGGAAAGAGAUGAUUUCAUCGAGAGAGGAACAGGAUCCACAAAGUUGCUUAGUUAAAUAGGUACUAAAAGGAGUUUGUGGAAGAAUCUUCAAGAAAAAAACAAAGGAAGAAAUACAGCAGCAAUGCUGGAAAGGCGGAUGUUAGAAGGCGGAUGUUAGAAGGAUAAGCACCUUUUUUAUCUAAAGCUCACCAUACCUAUCCAAACAGUCCUCAACCAUCACAGAUUCCAGGUGGUAUACGAGAGCAGAGCAGCAACACCUGGAAGGAUGCGUUGUGCAAUCUGCACGACAGGAGUCCCAGCAGACGAAAAAUCCGGAUCUAACCAGAUACAGUGCCAAAACUGCCCACCGGUGUACGGGGUUUACCAGCUAUCGUGCCGAAACUGCCCAGUGGUGUUCAUUGGGCAAACACGCCGUAAGUUCAAAACUCGGUAGAGCAUGGAAGAACUUGUGAUUCAAGUAUACAAAUGCACAUCAUGACGCUAGGACAUACAGGAACAUACUACAGAGCAAGUGCUUAAAAAUGUCCUAAAAGUUACGCAACUAGGAUAGUGUUGAUUGCCCAUUAAUGAAUGAAGACGAUGCCCCAAUUAUGUCCUCUCUUUCUUGACUUGACUAAGCUGAGAAUUCAGUAAAAUACAAAGCUUCAACACGAACACUGCAUACAGUAGGAUUGUAGUGUAUUAGUUAUCUAUGUAGUCAGUCGGACAUCGCCUUGUCGAUGGGCAACAACGAGCUCGAAAUCGUUGUGGAAAUAAUAAGUGUUAUAUCCUCGCGUCGCGUCAUAUAAGUGUUGUCGAAGUUCUUACGUUAGCACAAAUCCCAAGAAUUGAAGCUUUCUUGAGUUGAUCAAAAGUUUUCUUUGGUACUUGGAGUUUCUUUUCUGUAUUUCUUCAGGAGUUUCUCCCAAGGUUCCAUCCAGAGGUUUUUUUUUCGGGAUUUUCUCCCAAAGUUCCUUCCGAUUUUUUUUCAGAUGUUUCUCUCAGUAUUUCAGAGAGUUGUUCCUGGGAUUUCUACUAGAGUUGCUCCCAAGAUUUCUGCAAAAGUUUUUCACGGGAGUACCUCCCUGCAUUGCUCCCAGAUGCGUUUCUGAUAUGUUUCCAGAGUUUCUAUCUGAUUUCCUUCCGGAGAUCCUUCCAACAUUUAUCUUCAGUUACUUCAGAUUUUUUUCUUAGUGGAUUUCCGGGAUGGCUUUUCAACAGAUUUUUGAUAGAUUUUUGUGAGAUUUCUGAAGGAGUUCUUCCAGGGAUUUCUCCCAGAGAGUUUUCCAGGAUUUAUGUUAGAUUCAUCGGCAUAUUUCUCUCAAAGGUUUGCCGAGUUCCUCCUGGAAUUACGCCAAUAUUUUGUUCCGGGAUCGCCACCAGAUUUUUGGUCCCGAGGUUUCCCAGUUUUUCUCACGAUUUCUUCAACAGGGCUGCCCGAAAUUUCUCGAAAGAUCUCACCUGGAUUCUUGCCCAUAUUUUCCCGGAUUUUCUUGCAGGGGAUUUUGUAGGAUAUUCUAAGAAAUAUUUUGAGAAAAGUUCUUGGGAAAAUCCCUUCAAGAACUCUUGGUACUUGUCCGAAAGCAACUAUUAAAGAAAUUCCAAAAGGAACACUAACAAUCCUGGGACAAUUUCCGGUAGAGAUCCUGGAAAGAACUCUGAGAGUAAUCCCGGGAAAAUCUCUAGGAAAUAUCAAGAAGAUUGUGUCAAAAAGAUCAGUGCGAGAAUUCCUGCAAACAACUACGAGAAAAAAAAACCUGCAAAAAUACCAGCAACAGCUCCUGUAAAAAUCGCAAAAAACGAAACUCGAAAAAAAAAAUCUCGGGAGAAUGACCAGGUUAGGUCCUGAAAACUCUGAGAGACAUCCAGGGAACAACACCGGAAGAAAUUCUUUGAAAGCAGUCCCGGGAGAACUUUUAAAAGGUAUCCCGUGCAAUUAUGGAAGAAAGCUCACGGAAAUUUUUUGAGGAGAUUACAGGAGGAUCUACGGAAGAACCACGUGAGGAAUUGUGGAAGUAAUACAGGGGAAACCUCUAGAAGAAAUCCCGGGGACAACUAUAGUAGACAUCCGAGCAAUAACUCCUGUAUAAACUCUGGGGGAAAUUCCGGGAAGAACUCCUGACAAAAUUCCAAGAGGGACAGCGAAAAAUUAUUCAAGCAGAAUCCCAAGAAAAAAAAGAUAUUCCGCGGCAACAUCUGAGAAUUACGGAAAGAACUAUUGGAGCAAUCCUGACAAAAUCUCUAAACAAAUCUCGGGAAAAGCCUGGAAAACCCUCUGACAAAAAUCACUGGAAGAACUCCAUGACAAACAUCAACAAAAGCUUCUGCAAAACUUUCCUAAAAGGAACUCCAGAAAAAAAACUGCUUUAACAAUCUAAUAAAACAGCCCAUGAUAAAUAAAAAAACUCUGGCACCCCGAGACCAACACCGAAACAAAGCUCAUGGGAAUUUCUCGUAGAAAUUGCAGGAGGAACUUCGGUAGAAAUCCCCUGAGGGACUAUGGAAAACUUCGAAGAAACCUCAGGAGCAACUCUAGUAGGAAUCCCAGGAUUGACUCCUGUACAAACGCUGGGAGAAAUUCCGUGUGGAACUCCUGAGGAAAUUCCCGAAGGCAAGAAAUUGCGAAAAAUCAUUCAAGAGGAAUCCCAACAUCUAUAAAAUGUUCUGUGAAAAACUGCGAUAAAGAUCCAGGAAUAUUUCAUGUUAAAGCUACUAUAGAAAUGUCAAACGGAACGGCCAUAAUCUCGGGACAGUUUUCGGAAGGGCUUCCAGAAAGAACUCUGGAAAUAAUCUCGGGAAAAUCUCUAAAAAAUCUCAGGAGGAUCACUGUAAGAAAUCCUGCAGACAAGUACGUGGAAAAACCUGAAAAAAUCUGUGAAAUAAAUCGUGAUGAAAACUCAAUGAGAAAUAUCAGUAAAAGCCUGUGGAAAUCCCAAAAAAAAUAAUCUGUGGAAGAAACUCUGAAAAAAAACUGAGAAACAUUCCGGGAGUAACACCGGAAAGAAUCUUCUAAUAGAAAUCCCUGUAGAAACUUAGAGAGAAAUCUCAGAUGUAACUUCAAAAGAAAUUCGUAAGAACGUUGAAGAAACAUUCCGGGAGAAACUAGCUAGAAGAACGCCCACAGAUUUUUUUUGGAGAAAUAACAGGAGAAACUCCGGAAGAAAUCCUUCGAAGUUGUGUGGAAGCAAUACAGGGGAAACCUCUGAAAGAAAUCCCGGGAAAAACUCUAUUAGAAAUUCCUGGAAUAGUUCCUGCUGUAGACAUUUCGGAAACUCCUGGGGAAACUUCGAAGGGAAUUGCGAAAAAACAUUCAGCAGAAAUCUCGAGAGAAAAUCUGAUAAAUCUCGCGCUUAGUAUAAUAUUGAAACACGCCGAGAGAUCAUCCGAAUAUUGGUCAUAUUUCCCGGAAUAAUCCGAAGAGAAAAUCGAUGAAGAGAAACCGAUCAUUGUAGAUACGUCUGUAUGAUACUAAACGCGAUAAAUGCUCCUGUAGUCUUCCCGGAAUAAAUCUUCGGAGAAAUCCCACUAAUUUCUUUGGAUAAAACGCAGGAGAAACUUCGAGAAAGUUCGGCAAGGGAUUCUUGGGGCAUUAGUGAGAAAACAUCUGGAAGAAAUUCUGCAAGAUCCCUGCGAAACAUUUCAGGAAAAAUCGGUCACAAUUAAAGAAUCCUCAAAGAUUAUGCAGAAGGAUUCCCGGAUGAGAAUCUUGAAAAAUUCCAGGAAGAAUUUCUGGGAUUAAUUCAAGAGGGAAUACUAAGAAAAAUUCCGUAUAAAAAUAUUUACGGAAAUUUCCUUCCGUAAGAAGUUCUAGAAGUCAUUUCAAGAGGCCUCUCUAAAGAUGUUGCAGAUCGAAACCCUGACGGAGUCUCUGCAGAAAUCCUUGUUGAUAAGUUCUAUAGCGAUGGCUACCCAUCAAAUAGGCAGAAUUAAAUAAAAGGAUUAGAGACAAAAGGAAAGGCAUGAACAAGAGAUCGAAGGAAUGUUUGGUAAAAAAUCUUCGAAUGUCGCCUGUAGUUUUCUUAUAGAAACCUUUAGUAAUGGUUACUGAAUUAGGUUAGGAAAUUUCUAGGCGAGCAUCCAGAAGGCUCCCCUGGAAAUUUCCUAGGACAUUCCAUCAGGAACUCCCAAAAUCGUUCUGAAACACCUUAAGAUACAACAAUGCUAGAAAUGCAGACCAGCGAAAGUACACUACUGUCUUGUUGCGUUCCGGACCCUAGAGAAUCGCGCGUGGUAGCUUUACGUUUUACGAUUUAGUCUAUUUAGGCAUAACAUGUGCUGUGUUUAUACUUUUAUGUUCCCUUUCAGGAUGCUUGGAAGUUGUUUUCGACCCUAUUUUUGUCAGUAGUAUAAAUAGGUGUAUCCCAUUUGGUAUAAUGGUCGUUUGGUAUAACAUAAUGUAUGUUCCUUCUUUUGCAAUUUGCUUUUCUUCAUUUUAUAUGCCAAACGGCAUUAUGUCACCCGGGGUACUCCCGUAUAAAUGAAUCUUUUACUAAAUCAAAUAACCUCUUUGUACCCUACACGUGUAGAAAUUUAAGAUCAAGAGAAGCUAGGAGAAAAACCACCCAUACGGUGUGGUACACCCUCACAUAAAAGUAAAACUUUUAUAUAAAACACUUAGGACAAUUCCUAGAUAAUGAACUUUGGACAAGUCAAAAUUUCGAUCGAUGUAAGGAUAAAAGCGGACUGUGAAGACCUCUGAACACAUCUCACCUGUGGAGUCUUAUACUAGCAAGGUAAACCGUAGCAGCCAGGGUUUUUUUUCUGUUUUCGUAGGCUAAACUAAACAAAAUUGAUCGGUAUCAUACACAAAGGCAUACAAAACAGCAGCAGAGGUGGAAAUCUGUGUGCUUUUUUAACGACUAGGUAUGAUGUGAACUGUUGAAUGUGCAUGUAAAAGAUACACCGAUCCAAACAUGUGUCGAGUGGUGUAGUACUACAUGAGUUGAAAUAUUUUUCAAUAUAAACAGAAUUUACUGAAAAAAAUGA